CUCAUCUGUGAAAUGGAAAAUAAUAUGUCACAUGGUUUAAGAUCAAAUGAGACUGUAUGUCCUUUUGUUAUGUCUGCAUUAUUAACAUGCUUUUUCUUCUCCAAUAUACUCCGUUAUGGACAAGUAAAUUUGCUGCCUAAUCUUAAAGUGAGCCAUAUACACCUGCGGGCCUCCCUCAACUUAAUUUAGCAACCUGAGCCAAUCAUAUGCAACAGGAAGAUUGGGAAGUAGCAGCAGUUUCUCUGCUGGGACCCCUCACAGGCUAAGCAGCACCAAGGAUGAAAAGGUGUCUGUUUUCUACUCUGCUCCUACCGUGCAUGAUGAGCUUCAGCUUGAGGAGCUGGGCAUGGACCGCCCCUGACUGCACCGUAGGAGACGCGUCCCUGUUGUCUAACCUCUCUUUCUACGUCCCUUUCUGUUCUUUGGUCCCAGGACUGCACCUUUUUGCAUCAUGCUCCAAUGUGAAAGACCUGCCUCAGACCCUGGCUUCAGUGCCUCGGGACAUAGAAGCACUCUGUCUGCAGGGCACAGUUCCUAUCCUGCCGGAUGAUGCCUUUGGCCUUUUCUCUUCUCUACAACUGCUGAGGCUGCAGCUGGGGACCACCAAGGUUGCAGCUGGGGCAUUUCAAGGGUUGCACCAGCUGCAGCACCUCUCCUUUGAGCAUCAUGCUCCCUGUUGUUUGAAUCUGUUUCUCCCUCAAGAUACCCUGGAGUCCCUCCGAUUUCUCAACAGCAUUUCAUUUCAAGGCUACUGCUUGAAUUACAGCCAGAGCAUCCAGUUACCGAUCAGCCUUAGUCAUCUGACCCUGAAGCACAGCUGUCUGACAGAGCUGCAGGAGCUGCAAAAGCUCUUCCCAAACCUUGGCUCUGGUUUCUCCCCUACACAUAGCCCCAGACCAUGGUCUCCCUUCCUGGAAGUCCUGGAUCUGUCUUCCAACCUGCACCUGAGUCAAGUGGGUGUUGGAGCCUUGAAAGGCCUCCAUCUCCGCUCCCUGAGAUUGGAUGGCACUCCACUGAACACAACAGGCUUACUGGACUCAGGAUUGCUCCACCUGGACUCCCUCUCCCUUGUACAUACAGGUGUAAACAAACUACCUGGGAAUGUGACAGGCUACUUUGAACUUGGAGCUCUUGAUCUGGGGAGGAACCAAAUCCAGAACAUAAAGGAUGAGGAUCUCCCAAGCCUGCACUCCCUGGAAGUCAUCAGUCUCUACGCCAACAGCCUGCAGCUGCUUCCUCCUGGGUUCUUCAGUGCCCUUCCCCAGCUCCAGAGGCUCAACCUUUCCAUGAAUAAACUGGGUCCAACCCUGGUGCUUCCGCAGGGCUGGAGCUCAAACCUCAAAGUGUUAGAUCUGUCCCAUAAUGAGCUCUGUACCCUACCCCAUGGGGCAUUCUCCUCUCUUCCUCAACUCCAGGAGCUCUGGCUGAGUGGUAACAACAUCUCCAGCUUGUCCAGUGAGAACCUGGAGGGACUGAGACAGCUCAAGUCCCUAGAUCUGAGUUGGAACCAAAUUAAGGUGCUCAAGCCAGGCUGGCUCUCCCCUCUUCCUGCCCUAACUUCAUUGAAUAUUCUGGGCACCUAUUUAGAGACCAUCUCAGGCAGGCAUCUCCAGGGUCCCCGCAAGCUGAGCCAUCUGCAGCUGGGUUCUGUGGCUAUGCUAGAUAUCUACCCUCCCUGGCCUCCAGAGCUGCUCAGCUUGGAGGUCUGGGCACAACCCAGUGUAUUUUUUCAUGUUGCAAACGGAGAACCCUUCUUAUUCUUGGAGAACCUCACCUUGCAGUCUUCCAAUGUGGUGCUAGUUCCAUUCAAUGCCACAAUCCAUUUCCCAUCUCUACGGCACCUCACUUUGCGAGGCUGCAGCCCCUUCAUUUUCUCAAGCCCUGAUUCCAGAUUCUUCCCACAGCUUCCUCUCCUGGAGCACUUGCACUUCUGGUCUGGUCAUGAGGAUGCAGAAAACCUUCAUCUGUCAAUAACGCCCAAGCUGCGAGUGCUGGAGUUGGGGGACAUGGACUUCUUCUAUAACUUAGGUUCAGUGACACUGGAGGAGGUACUGAAGGAAGUACCUCAGUUACAAGUGUUAGCAUUGAGCCACCUGAACCUUAGGAACCUCUCCAUCUCCACCUUCAGGGGGUUGGGUCUCCUUCGGCUGCUGUUGCUCAACUCUGAAUGGGACCUGGGGUUGGACAGCAGCCUCCAGGAGAUGAUCCCCCAGAUGCCUGAAUACGUUUAUUUCUCCAAUGUCACCUUCAUAUGCCAGUGUGAAAGCUCUUGGGUGGGGCCUUGGGCAACAGGUGCCCCGAACACCUUUGUGUAUGGGUUGGGGGACUCCAUCUGCAUGGCUAAUGCCUCUGACUACUCCAAGACUCCCCUGCUUUCCUUCCUUUCUAGUCACUGUGCACACGAUCCGAAUUUCCAAGGUUUUCUCAUUAGCUUCAUUCUGGUGCUCCUGCUGAUGAUCUCUGCACUGCUUGGCUGCCCCAAAUGGCCCUGGCUUCGCCAGCUGCGGAAACUAUUUUAUGCCUGGUGGUGGAAAUUGUGUGGGCGGGGCCCCAGAAGCGCAUUCCGCUAUGAUGUCUUCAUAUCCUAUUGUGAGCAAGACCAAGCCUGGGUAUUGGACAAACUGGUUCCUGCCCUGGAGAAGCCUCCUCCGGCUGGGGAGGGCUUGAGGCUCUGCCUGCCCGAGAGGGACUUUGGGAUUGGUCAGGACAGGAUGGAUGCUACAGCUGCCAGCAUGGAGAGCAGCAGAACCACCCUCUGUGUGCUCAGCUGCCAAGCGCUGAGAAGUCCCUGGUGCAACCUGGAGUUAAGGCUCGCCACCUACCAUUUGGUGGCCAGGCCUGGGGCUGCUCGCCUCACGCUGCUGUUUCUGGAGCCCAUUGAUCGGCGGCAGUUACACAGCUACCACCGCCUUACCCGCUGGCUCCAGAAGGAAGACUAUUUUGAUGUGCCUCAAGCGGGGGUGCAGUGGGAUGAUUUCUGUGAGCAACUUCGGAAAAGACUAAAGAGAGCGGAACAAGAACGAGAAGACUGCGUGCUGUGAGAGACUUAGCCACACAGAGAUGUCUUUCAGCAAGGGCCUGGGUGUCAUCACGUAGCUGGACAGCACUUACUUCAAGCCCAUUCUCCACACCAAAAUCGAUGCAGAUAGACACCCGGUCUUGAGGCCAGCAUUGAGGCCGGCAUUGUGGUGUAGUAGGUUAAGCAGCUGCCUGCAUCCCAUAUGAGCAGUGGUUCAAGUCUUGGCUGCCCAGCCCCAGCCAUUGUGGCCAUAUGUUAAGUGAACAUAUGGAUGUAAAAUCUCUCUCCCUCCCUCUCUCUCCCUCCCUCCCUCCCUCUGUGUGUGUGCACAGGUGCAUGCACACACGGCUCAGUCUCUCUGUAACUCUUUCAAAAUAAAUAAAUUUUAAAAAAGACAAAACACGUCCAGUCUCAAUGGGAGCAUCUAUUUGAAAGCAUCUGAAAAUAGAUAUUCUUUCAAAAAACAGUUCAGAUACCUGGUGGGCCUUUCAUAACACAAGUCAUCCCCCAAAAAGGAAUACACAAAAACGGAAUCUCAUGAGCAUUUUUUAAAAUGAAUUUAUUCUCUCUCUGUUGAAAGCUAGUGCUUGUAUGGUAAAAAGCUAUUUUAUCCCAGAGGAAUAAUGUCGUAAUCAAUGAACAACAGUGAAUCAAUGAACAAAUAUGUGAAUUCCCUGAUGUUACAUUGAAACUAUGUUUUCAAUUACCUAAGAUCCGAUCAAUUCAGAGCUUCCCUAAUUCAUGAGAUUCUCACAGUAUUACAUGGGUGAGAACAAUAGUUUUCUCUAUUACCCAUGAGGAAUUAUAGUACAUAAAAGUGUACUAAAUCAUAAAGUUCACAUCUGAUGUCUGGUUUUCUAAGCCAUUAUCUGGCACUCUGUUUUCUACUCUCUACCAGUUAUCUCUUAUUUUGUUACAACGUUAAGGUAGGUAAAAUUGGAACAUCUUAAAGGUACACAUAUAUGACCUAUUUCUAAGAAUAUUUUUGGAGUCCCAGAAACUUUGCAUAAAAUUUUAAGUACCGCCCAAAAAAAGGAUAAAGUACAUUGAUUAGAAUGGAACAUCAUAGACCCUAAAGAAUAGUAAUUCUAGUAAUGUUGAGUGCUAUGGAAAAAGUUCAAGUGUAACAUUAAAAAAAUUGAAAAAUUGCAUGUACUAUUAUUC